AUGUCUUUUCCAACAGUAGCAACUUUGUCACAAGAAUACUUCGAUCCGAAUAUUCCUCAGAUUCUCCCACACGAAAAAAUGUAUAAGAUCCAAGUGGGGAAAUCGCUAUUCAAAAUUAGCGGUGCUUCUUUAAGUUCGGAUGGACCCAGUUUCUUCACUGAAUAUUUCUCCAAGAAAUGCUCCUUUGCUGAAAAUAACGACAGCGGCAGUAAUGCCAAAGAAUCUACUGAAAAUGAGGUUUUAUUUAUAGAUAGAUCUGCGGAGGUUUUUGGAUGGAUUUGUCAACAUUUGCAAGGAUAUAUAAUCGAAAUUAAGGAUGAAGUCCAAUAUACUAUGCUUUUCGCAGACGCAAUAUACUAUAAUUUACCGCGAUUGAGAUCCUUAUUGAAAGAAACAGAUUAUUACUUCACUAACAUUGGUGGGCAAUCAUUCAAAAUAGCUAAGAAUUUAUUUAGAAGGAAAGGUGAUUCCCCGAAUUAUUUCGAAAUAUAUGCGGCCACAGUUUACAUCGAUGUGGAAAAGCUAAUCAUAUCUAAAAAAUUAUUGAGACCACCGCCUCAUUCUGCUCCUUACGUUCCAAGAUCUUCAGAGUAUUUUAAAGACUUACUGACACUACUGGGAGGAGCAUCCCUCGAUUUGGAUGAUAAUAGAAGAGAUGCCUUAAUAAAAGAGUGUCGAUAUUACAGGUUUUUAAACCUUGAACAAAGGCUAAUCAAAUCUCAGGUUACCUACAAUCCGAUAACAAGAAAUGAAGAGAUUUGUCUUUUACUGAGGGAUUUGUCCAAAAAAGGUAUUACUUUUCCUGCUAUUUCCACGUUUUCAACUUCAUCCUUUUUGGAAGAAAACUUCUGUAGUGCAGAUGAAUGCGGUACAUCAUCGUUACCUUGUGACCAACCAGUAAUCAAAAAGAUUAAACCUAAUAUCGCCGAAAAAUAUAAAGAUUCUUGGAACAUGCUUUGCUAUAAAAGGCCAUUUUUGGAUGACUAUGCAAGAGAGCUACUUUUUCAAAUAGAUUCAACUGAUUGUACAAUAGGCUUCAAUAAAGAAACCCAGAGUAUACAUUUAGACCUAACCGGGGAAUCAGCACAAAAGUUUGAGGCCUUAUUUGGAAAUAUUUUGCUGAACAUGCCUUUUGGUGCGGCUAACUUGAAUGAUUAUAAAUAUCAUUUUCCAUCCGAUAACACGCAAGCGAAAGUUAAAACUCAUUAUUUACUUCCCGCAUGCAUAUAUCUUUGUGAUUUGGACAUAAACGGCAUUAAAAUUCCUCAAGUUCGAAGUUUAUUAACGGAUAAAAGUAAGUUUAACGAUAAGAUCAUUGACGUCUCAAAUCCAUCUGGCCUCAAACUCUGUUCCGGUUUGAAACUUUACUUAAGAAAAUCUCUAUGGAAGUUGGCCGUAAAAGACGGAAAACUUAUGCUGAUAGCUAUUAAGGCUAUAGCAUUUAAUGGAACCAAGGAGUACUACAAGGGAUAUAGAUAUCUCUAA